CUCAAUUCGUAAACAGUUAGGCAGCAUUGUAGUGCAAAUUUGCCGGCUUCAAUUUGAGUUGUCGUUAAGAUGUAUAAAUACCGGCCCCCAGAUUCCGACUCGGACGACGGUUAUGACGGCUUUUAUUUUGGGGAUGAUGACAUAAAACCUACUCGCCCUGUCUGGAGGGUUGACAGUGAUCAAAACCUUUACGAUGCUGUGACCAACGGCGAUAUUGAAAUCAUAAAGGCUCAUUUGCGCCAGCCGUCUGCAGACAUCGAUCGACCACUGCGUGGCGGAAACACUCUUCUGCACCAUGCCUGCCAGCACGGUCACGUGGAAAUCGUGAAAUGCCUUCUUGAGAACGGAGCGGAUCCCAACCGGCAGGUAGAGUCCAUCACCCCUCUGAUGAGCGCCUGCUCAAGCGGCGCCGAUGGACCCGUCGUAGAGGAUAUCGUAAAGAUGCUAGUCGACAAAGGAGCGGUCGUGAACGUUUCCAACAAGCACGGCGUGACACCCUUCAUGUUCGCUUGCAUUCAUGGCCACUUGGAAGUGGUUGCAUUCCUCAUUCAAGCAGCGUUCUUGGAGGCAACCGACAACCAAGGCUGGACUGCUUUGUUCCACGCCAUCGAAAACAAUCAGCCAGAAGUGGUUAGCAUCCUUGUGAAAGCUGGAGCAGAUGUAAACGUGGCUAACCGAAAAGGCUACGCGCCACGGCAAGUCGCGCAGUUUCAUGGAUUCUACGACAUUCUUGAUAUUCUCCCGGCUGAAGAGCACCAAUAUACGGUUCCUACGAAUUACCUCUCGUACAGUUCGUUAAGUGACCACAUUCCAUGUUUGUUCCUAAAAACAGACGUCCCCGCAUAUUUCCCUGACAUUGACUCGAUUCUGCGUAACGCGCGCCUGCAGCGGUUCUUGGAGAACUUCGCAAAACAUAAAAUAAAUCUAAAUCAAUUCUUGACCAUGACGGACGACAAACUGAGCAAAAUUGAUAUUUCCUUGCCCCUCCAUCGUAAGCAAAUUCUAUUAGCGUUGCUGAGAUAUCAUCUGGAGCACUGGUCCACGCAGUCAAUAGCUCGAGUGAAGCGCAAGGAUCGAGACUCAUUCUACGACAUCCUCAUGAUAAUCUCGAACCACCUGAAAAACGUAGUGAUCAUCAGUUCGUCGCUCGAAUACAUACAGCAAAACAUUGAGACCAACAAGCUUGGGCCAAUAUCGUCAACGACAAUCAAGGAGUGCAAGGAGACGGUCGUGAAAUAUAAGAAAUCCAUUCGAAAACUACAAGAGGCGACAAAAUAUUUGCAUUCAUUCAGCCCGGAACGGCCUCCGCUCUAUAUAAAUUACGACGAGACAAUAAAAGCAGAAAAGAAGGCCAUGCUGCACCGCUAUUUCAAUUAUUCGCUGGCCAUUGGAGUUGCCAUUGUAGCUAUCUUGAAAUGGAAAAGGUUUCUCUAAGAUGCUCCACUUUUCAAAAGUCCACGCUGCACAGCACUCAAAAUGAGGAUAGCACUGAGGCCAUUUCAACCACUUUGUGAUCUACAUCGAUUUUUGAAAAGUGAAAAGGUUUUAUAUCAAUCUUAAAUACAAGCUUUAUUGAUACUGAGAACGGAUUUCAAUUUAGGGUGGCAAUAAGUCGUGUUCACCGGCUUAUGAAUAUCCUUUCAUAUUAACAAUAACCAACCAAUGUUUC